AUGCAUACAACCCAGAUGAGGAUUAUGCAGAGAUGGAGUCCAGAUUGCGUGCACAUUUGGAAUCUUUCCUAGAAACUGCAAGAUCAUUCAAUACGAUUUACACUAAGGAACUACGUCCCAGGACACACAUGAUGGAGGAGCCCCAGCUUCAUGGGUUUGGGCCAGCUGCCAAUCGCUUGCUAGAGGCAUACAAAAUGACAGCUGCAAAGUCUUAAGGCAAUAUCUCAGACUCUGAAGUUUCCAAACAUAGUCAACUGUCAUCAGCCUUAACCGUGUCUUCUAACUUUGAGCCACGGAGAUCACGCGGCACUUCACCUUUCGUCCUGUCAACAUCCAGUUCUAUAGUAUUCUGUGCAGAUGCAAUUUUGUGCUGUUGAGAAAGGCAUAUAAAGAUUCUGAUUAAGGAAUUGUUUGCAGAAUGGCUGCUAGAGUUCUGCAUAAGCUUGCAGAGCCUGUGGCACAUGAAGGAUCAACACCUCCUGGUGAAGUGACAUAUGGAGAUGAAGCAGUAAAAUCAGAAAUAACUAAUCCGGCUCCUUUAGUUGAUUACUCAAACUUGUUUGAAGAAGAGUUCCAGUUGCCUGAUGAUCACUGGGACUCAAGCUAUCUUAACAUCUUGGAUAUAGGAGCAGUGGAGGAAGGGAUUUUACAUGUUCUUUAUGCUUGUGCGUCACAGCCUCAGCUCUGCAGCAAAUUAGCAGAUAGGACUUCUGACUUCUGCACUUCGUCCCUUUGUUAGCCGUCCAUCUGACAUUGUCGAUAAUUGUUUCUCUAUGGAAACAGCCAAUUGUUCAACAAGCCCUCUCCCAGAUUGUAGCAACGUCGUGUUCAUCAUUAUACCGUCCACUUCAUGCUUGUGCUGGCUAUUUAUCAUCGUAUUCACCAUCGCAUGCUAAGGCUGCAUGCGUUUUGAUUGAUCUCUGUUGUGGCAUGCUAGCACCUUGGCUAAGUCAAGUGAUUGCAAAGGUUGAUCUGGCUGUAGAGUUUCUAGAGGAUCUUUUGGGUGUAAUUCAGGGUGCAUGCCACUCCCUGCUUCGUGCUCGUGCUGCCUUAAAAUACAUUGUUCUGGCGCUCUCUGGUCACAUGGAUGAUAUGCUAGGAAAGAAUAAGGAAGUUAAGCAUAGGAUACUCUUUCUUGUGGAGAUGCUGGAGCCUUUCCUUGAUCCUGCUGUAGAAAGAUUGAAGGGAAUAAUAGCCUUUGGAGAUCUGUCUUCUGCACAUCCAGAAAAGCAGGAAGAGAAUUGUGUUAUUGCCGUCAAUGUAAUUCGCAGAGCAGUGCAGAAACCAGCAGUUCUUCCUUCACUGGAAUCUGAAUGGAGGCGUGGAUCAGUUGCUACUAGUGUGCUACUCUCGAUAUUGGAACCUCACAUGCAGCUACCUCCUGAAAUUGACCUUCAAACAUCUCCUGUCCCUAGACCACUGGAACCUGAAUCUUUAUCUGGUUUAUUUCAUUCUUCAGCUUCUCACCAAGGGGUAGCUUCAAAAUCAAACAGCCAGGAUGAAUUUGACAGGAAGAUAGAUGUUUCUGAUACAGCCGUAAAAAUUGACAUUUCAGAAGACGCCAGUCUUCUUUUUGCACCUACAGAACUGCAUAACAUUGUAUUGACAAGUAUAUCCAGUUGUCCUAAUGAGAACAGCUCUGUCCUAACCAAAACAUCUGGUCGGGAAACAUUUUCCACACAGGUUUCAAAUUGACUUAAAACUAGAUGCUGGUUUCUCUUGCAAGCAGAUUAUUUCCAACUUAUAACCUAUCAAGACUGCGAGCUCAGGGCUUCUGAAUUUCGGCGAUUGGCCUUAGAUUUGCAUUCACAGAAUGAGAUUACCAUUGAGAGUCAUGAUGCCGCUAUAGAUGCUUUGCUCUUGGCUGCAGAGUGCGAUGUCAAUCCAUUUUUUAUGAUGUCUUUUAGAGGAAAUCCAAAGUUAAUGAAGGAGAUAAACAUCAGUGGGAUUAGGACUCGACAAAAUCAUGAAAUUGGGAUGCGAAUGGUCUCUGGAAAGUCUAAGAAUGACCUAGAAACAAUAUCUCUUCUUCUUAAAAGGAAAAGAGACAAAAUUGUUCUUCAAAUUCUGCUCGAGGCUGCGGAGUUAGACAGAGAGUACUGAGAAAAGGUUUCAGAUGGAGGACUUAGUCCGUACUACACCAUAGGAUUUGAUGAACAAGUCAUUAGGUUGUCUCCGCUUGAUGUACAAUCUGCAGAUGCCAUCACCUUGGUUCGACAAAAUCAAGCUUUGUUGUGCUGCUUUCUGAUUCAACGAUUGCGAAUGGAGCAGCACUCGGUGCAUGAAAUUCUUAUGCAGUGUAUGAUAUUCUUGUUGAAUUCUGCGACUAAGCUAUACUGUGCUCCAGAACAUGUGAUUGACAUUGCAUUAGGAUCCGCUGAGUACUUAAAUGGGAUGCUAAGAUCCCUGUAUUAUCAGUUCAAAGCAAACAAUCUGCAGUUGGAGCCGGAAACAUUACAUGGGAUACAACGACGGUGGAUACUGCUUGAAAGAUUGGUAAUUUCUUCAAGCGGUGGCGAUGAGGAAACAGGCUUUGCAAUCAAUAAAAAUGGUUUCCCUUAUGGAAGUCUGAUUCCACCUUCAGUCUGGAUGCAAAGGAUUUCCACUUUUCCUAGAUGCAUAUCCCCUCUUGUUCGAUUUCUUGCUUGGAUGGCAGUAUCUUGUAAUGCAAGACAGUACAUGAAGGACCAGCUUUUACUGGCUUCUGAUCUACCACAGGUGACAUCUCUAUUGUCUACAUUUGCAGAUGAACUUUCUGUUGUAGAUAAUGUUAUCAGUCGAAAGUAUGAAGAAUCAGGGGGUGAAAUUGUUUCUGCAUCCAUUAAAGGAUUUGAAGUUGCUGAUCAGCAGCAUCAGGACCAAUCUUUUUGUGUCAUUUACCCUGAGCUCUUUAAGUUCUUUCCUAAUACAAAAAAGCAAUUUGAAGCUUUUGGAGAAAACAUUUUGGAGGCUGUUGGGUUGCAGUUGAGGUCUUUUCCUUCCAGUAUGGUGCCUGAUAUUUUGUGUUGGUUCUCUGAUUUGUGUUCAUGGCCAUUUCUACAUACAGAGCAGCUUUCUGCUCGAAAUAGUUCUGACCGUUUGUAAGGCUAUGUUUCAAAGAAUGCCAAAGCAAACAUCCUCUAUACACUUGAAGCCAUUGUAACCGAGCACAUGGAAGCAAUGGUGCCUGAGAUACCUAGAGUGGUGCAAGUGCUGGCAUGUCUUUGUAGGGCAUCUUACUGCGAUGUGUCAUUUCUUGAUUCUGUAUUUUCUUCGUUGAAACCAAUCAUUUCAUAUUCUUUAUGUAAGGUGUCUGGUGAGGAAAGAUCAUUGGUAGAUGGUUCAUGUGUUAAUUUUGAGUCAUUAUGCUUUGAUGAGCUUUUCACUAACAUCAGACAGGGUGCUAACCAAGAUAAUUCUAGAGAAAAAGUAUACAACAGAGGAUUGACAAUUUUCAUUUUGGCGUCUGUUUUUCCUGAUUUAUCUGCUCAGAGGAGGAGGGAAAUGCUGCAGUCCUUAAUUUUUUGGGCCGAUUUUAUUGCCUUUGAGCCAACUUCUUUCCACAAUUACCUUUGUGCAUUCCAGAGUGUUAUGGAGAGUUUUAGUUCAGACUUUGCAGUUCUUUGGUGCCAUCCCACUGGAGCUGCCCACUGAGGGACAACAUGAAAGUGGACUGGAGUCACAUUCAUGGUUCCUCAGUGAUGUCUACCACAGUUCAAGUCAAGAUAAGGCCUCCGAGAAGUUAGAAGGUAACAAUGUUGGUGCUGAUAUUGUGAAUAAAAAGGUUUAUCUUUUAUUUCCUGAGGAAAUAGAAGAAUUCUCAAAACACUUGGAGGUUCUUAUUGUUAAGCUUUACUUGACGACUGAGCUAUGUUGGAAUCUUCAUCAUCAACUAUCUAAGAAGAGGACUAUUACAUCAACAGAGUGUUUUAUGUACUCAAGAUUCUUGGCAUCAAUUGCACAAAGAGUUAAUGACGCUCAAGGAAAUGAUUCUGAAAUUUCUUUCCCAUCUACGUCAGUUGACCAGUUCCCUGAUCAUUGGAGGAUUGGUAUAGAAGUAAUUUCUGAGACCAUUCUGACCCUUCAAGAAAACAGAUGCUGGGAAGUUGCUUCUGUUGUGCUUGAUUGUGUACUUGCUGUGCCCCAUGAGUUUGGCCUUAAUAAUGUGAUUGGCUCCA